AGGAGGAGACGACGGAGACGCCGACGACGGAGAAGGAGGAGGCUGAAGCUGCUCCGCGCGGGGGCUUGUUGUUGUUGCGGCAGCGGCGGCGGCUCUCCGCGGCUGGGCCCGCAACGCUUCCCUGGAAGACCCCCGAACUGCCCGGCCGGCAACAACGAUGAGCGACAACGAUGACAUCGAGGUGGAGAGCGACGCUGACAAACGUGCUCACCACAAUGCUCUAGAGCGCAAACGCAGGGACCACAUCAAGGAUAGUUUCCACAGCUUGCGGGAUUCUGUACCUUCACUUCAGGGAGAGAAGCAACAGGCAUCCCGGGCCCAAAUCCUAGAUAAAGCCACAGAAUACAUCCAGUACAUGCGCCGGAAAAACCACACACACCAGCAGGAUAUUGAUGAUUUAAGGCGCCAGAAUGCCUUGCUGGAGCAACAAGUUCGUGCACUGGAGAAGGCAAGGUCAAGUGCUCAGCUGCAGGCCAACUAUUCCUCUUCAGACAACAGCCUCUACACCAAUCCCAAAGGCAGCACCAUCUCUGCCUUUGAUGGCGGCUCUGACUCCAGUUCGGAGUCUGAGCUGGAAGAGCCUCAGAGCCGGAAGAAACUUCGUAUGGAGGCCAGCUAGAAGAGGCCUUGGUUCCCGCCGCCAUUAGACACUUGCUGGCUGCUUAAGGACUUUCUUUUUUCUUUAGUAGAGGCUCUCGGACUGCAGCUCCCUCUAUUCCUUGUCCCUUUCUUGCCCUUUUAAAGUUAACCUAACUCUGUGGCUUGGUAGCUUACCGUCUGGAAAUCACCAGCCAUAGCUUGGGGCAGAAUGCAAUUCUGCCCUGCGGCUACCAGUUUCUAGUACCAGGAAAGCCCAGACCAUUUGAUUAAGCUGAUGUCUCUGAGAUUGCCUGGCAUGUGUGGAGAUAGUGAACUCUCCAUUCUUCCACUAGAACUGCACCAGCCUCUGUUGCUUUUAUCAAAAUAUUGUUAUUUAUGAUAAUAAAUCCAGAUAGCCCCAGAAGAAUCUUGGUAAAGGAAAGAAGCAUGCAGAUGCAUGCAUGGAUGAUCCUUCUUGCCUGAAGGGAUGAUGCAAGAUUGAUGGCGAGACACAGAAAUUCAUUUCUUGGUUGUAUUUUGGCAAAUGAUGAAUUGGUAUUUAUUUCCCCCAAUGGAAUCUCUGUCUGGCCAGGUUCCUCCUCCUGCUACGGACAUUGGUAAUGUGAAGCUACAGAUUCAAACCAUGUUAAAUUCUUCCCUUUUCUGUUUUGAAUUUCUCAGAAACAGAGCCAGCUUUUUUAAUGUAAAUACACACAAGCUUUGUUACUUGGUACUAAUAAAUGCAUUUAAAGUGUGGACCUGCUCUCUGGCAAAUGGGCCAGUUUCCCAUGUGAAUUAAAGAGGCCUAGGCUGUAAGCAAACAAAGGCCUCUUUGCGCGUAGGUGUGCGUGUGUACACACAUAUGCAUGGAUAUGCACAUGCAUGUGUGUGUGGUAUGUGUGAUCCUUUUUUUUGUCUUCUUUCCACACUUGUUUGUGAUGUUUUCUGAAUUUAGUGUGUACAAAUGUAGCUUGGUCUCUGUCCAGGUGUGAGUCUAUUCCAUGGAACUGAAGUAUGUUGUACAUACUGCCCAAGAAUUGUCUUGCAAGUUAAGGCUUCCCUUUACUAUAAGACUAUAAAUAAAAAAAAAUAUUUUAUCCUU